AUGGCUCAUGAUACCGGCAACGCAGCUCCUCACCGGUUCCCCUCUUGGGAUCUACCUCCUCUCAAGGAAGCCCUUCCUACUCACUUUGACCUCUUUUACGAUGGACAGUGGCACAAACCCAAAGAUGGCUCCCGCCAAGAGACCAUCAGUCCCGGCACCGGCGAAGCUAUCACCCCAAUAGCCCAAGCAAAGUCUGCCGAUGUCGACGCUGCAGUGCAAUCGGCCCACGAGGCCUUCCUUUCCUGGAAAAACACAACAGUUCAGGAGCGAGCAAACUACUUGCGCCGCGCGGCCGCGGUCUUCCACCAGCACGCCGAGGAGCUUGCCCUCGUAGACGCGUACAACACGGGCAACCCCGUGGCCGAGAUGAUCAUGGACGCACACACCGCAGGCAGCAGCCUCGAGUACUUCGCUGGACUGAUUCCCAUGAUCCGCGGCGAGACGCUUCCGGGGACCUUCCGUCCUGACCAGUAUCUGCACUACACGGUCCGUGAGCCGCUUGGUGUUGUGGGCCGUAUUGUCGCGUCCAACCAUCCGCUCAUGUUCGCCGGUGCGAAGAUGGGGGCGCCUUUGGCAGCUGGGAAUACGGUGAUCAUCAAGCCGCCGGACCAAGCACCCCUUGCGGUUCUCAAGAUGGCUGAGCUGCUGGCUGACGUCUUUCCGCCCGGAGUCAUCAGUGUCCUGCCCGGGAGCGUCGACUGCGGGAGGGCACUGGUGGCACACCCGCUUGUGAAGAAGGUGACGCUCAUCGGAAGUGUGCCCACUGGAAAGGCCAUCCAGCGAGACGCUGCGGAUCAGCUCAAGCCGAGCCUUCUCGAGCUCGGGGGGAAGAAUUGCCUCAUAGCAUACCCUGACGCAGAUGCCGAGAAGGUUGCUCAGGCUAUGGUGCGUGGUAUGAACUUCACGUGGACAGGACAAAGCUGCGGCUCCAUGUCGCGUGUUUUCCUGCACGAGAGCUUGCAUGACACAGUCAUCCCACGAGCCGUCGAGCUGGUUCAGAAAAAGUGUCAGCCAGGAGACCCUACCGAUAUCAACACCACCAUGGGCUGCAUGAUCAGCAAGGCGGCCCAGGAUCGUGUACUGGGGUAUAUCGAGUCGGGUAAGGCCGAAGGAGCAAAGAUACGAUGUGGAGGCGGCGUACCCAAGACUUUCAAGGAUGCGCGUCUUGCGAAGGGAUUCUUCGUGGAGCCAACAAUCUUCGUCGAUGUGGCACCAAGCAUGCGCAUCGCUCGGGAGGAGAUUUUCGGACCUGUCAUGUCUGUCUUCCGCUGGAAGGACGAGGAUGAAGUCUUUGAGAUUGCGAACUCGACUUCCUAUGGGCUGACCGCUUCCAUCUUCACGAAUGAUAUUCUCACUGCACAAAGGGCCACAGCCCGGGUCGAGGCGGGUUAUGUCUGGGUAAAUGAUGUUUCUAAGCAUUUCCUGAACGUGCCUUUCGGAGGGUUCAAGGAAUCGGGUAUGGGAAAGGAGGAGUGUCUUGACGAGAUGCUGUCUUUUACCAAUACGAAGAGCAUAAGUUGGAGUUUAAUGGCGUGA